AUGGCCUAUUGCACCAACGAGAUCGUUCAUCAUGAGCAGGACCAGGCCAUGGCGGUCGACUUCCACGAGCCUGCGUCCACUAACGAGAGCGCUGUGUACGUAAAGAACGAGCCUCUUGCUUUGGGUCCCAACAUGGCCGCCAUACCCAUCAAGAAACCAGAUGAUAUGACGGUUACGCCUACCCAUAAGAACGUGCGUACUCCCCGUGGGCCGCAGUCCAGCAUGGGAGCAGCGACUCCCACUCAGAAGGAGUUCAUCGACAUGGAUGUCACGCCUACCCAGAAGAAUAUGCAGGCGCCUCCCGUUCAGUGGUCCAGCAGCCUGGAAGUUACGCCUACCCAAAAGAACAUGCGUGCCCUUCAAGUCCAGGACUCUAUCACGGGAGUAUCUACUCCUACGAGGUCCAGCAACAUGAUGUCUACGCCUACUAAGCAGAUGAUGACUGCCCCGUCGCACAGAAUGCAAUACACUAUGGCACCAUCCACACCUAUCAAGAAGGAGCCGGGUGGCAUGAUGCCUAGUACUGCCAUGAAGGAAAUGGCUCCCUCUGUCAUCGAAGACCAUAAGAUUGCAACUGCAGGUCCCUCGCAGAGACGCAACAGCAUCGUGCCUUCCCUCACCAUGCAGAACAUGCCUCCCCCGUCACUCAGGAUGCAGUACACCAUGCCAGCAUCGACAUCUGCCAACAAAGGGACCAACACCAUGGUGCCUAAGCGUACCCAGCCGAACAUGCCUGCCACUUCCGUCAAGCAGCCGAUCAUUCGAACGGCAACUCCUACCCAGCAAGGUGACAGCAGCAUCGCGCCCAUUCUGGACAUGUUUCCCCCUGUUUUGCACGAGUAUAACAUGGCAAAUGCAACUACCCAGAAUGGGCGCUGGGGGCCCACGCUUGCGCCUGCUCUGCAAACCAUGGCUCCCUCUGUUUUUCAUGGGUAUAACAUGGCAGCUGUAGCUUCCCAGCAGGCUCAUAACCAGUUUGCUCCUGUUGGCCAGCCGUCUGCCAUGGCCACCGCACCCACCCAGCAGGGGUACACUGGCAUGACGCCCACACCCAACAUGGAGACCAUCAACCCCGCGCUUCUCCAAGGGUAUAACAUGGUACAUGCAGCUCCGGAACAGGGGCUGAACAUCUUUCCCGCUGGUGUCCAGGGGUACACCACCUCGCUCGCCCAGUACGGCCAUACAAAGGCGAGGACACCCACCCUUACCUUUGACCAGGCAGUGGCGCGUGCAACCGCUAACUUUGACCGUAUGAUGCAGCCGACGUCUACCAAGUCGUUGCAUGCCAAGGACUACGACACGGAUGUCGACACGGCGGUCCGUCUGUAUUGCGAUUUGGUGACCAGGCGCAAUGACACCGCUACUAAUCCAACCCCUCGUAUCACCGGCGUCAUCACUGCCGUCAAGACGUCGCUGUUGGACAUGGUCAAGCUCUAUGAGUACAUGGAGCGCACCUUUGGAGGCGAUACUUGGCGGUUCGAGUACGAUACAACCAGAAAGUAUUACGAUAUCAUCGCCCCGCGCCACCUUACAAUUGAGGAGAUGAUGCGAAUGUUGAAGGAGGAAGAGAUGUCCAAGCUCAUUGGAUACCGCCAUAAGUAA